CUAUGAAAUACAAAUUCAUUUGUAACGGCUAUAUUUUAUAACCAAUUUUGUUGCUUACAGCUUGUUUAUUUAAUUAUUAUAUACACUAUUAUCGUCAGUUGUGUUCCAAACCACUGUAAGCAAUGCGUCUCGUCAUAAAGCGACCAGAGCACAGGCAGACAGAAGACAGCGACGCUAAUGCUGUUGCGACUGAUCAACAGGCGGUACACCURUUGCCAUGCAAAAUCCACACCCGCAAAUUAGGUGGCGGCCGMCAGACAUUGACGGCUCCAGUCGACCGAUACUUUUGUCCGUAUACCAAAGCGGCAAUAGAUGACGAAACCGCGUUGUGGCACUCUUCGUUGCGUGGCAAGCCAUUGACAGGUGUCAAGCUCAGCAUCCCCGAUGGCUAUGUUGGAGUAUUGUGCGUUGGCGAGGACAACGAAAAUCGCCGUAAUGUUGUCGAUGAUUCUACAUCAGCAGUGGAAUCCAUUACUGGUGAGAUAACUCCACAGGUGAUGUACUGGAAUUGGGACCGCAUCCCAACGCGUGAAGACCCUUUGCUAUCAGCACUUGAUUGGGUGCAGGUGUCUGAAGCCAUCAUGACCAACGACAACUGAGACUACUGUUAUGUAUGUUUCUGUAAUAAUGCUUGUGUUUUUUCAUUCAAUUUAUUUUUCAUUAUAAAGAUGUAUUAAAAUGUUUAAACAUUUCCUUAAUUAAUGUUUAA